AACUCUGCGUACUGGAUUGUGGCAGCCAUGGUAUUUGUGCAAGAGGAACCUGCCAGUGUGAAGAAGGCUGGGUAGGCCCGACAUGCGAGGAGCGCACAUGUACUUCUCACUGCACUGAACAUGGGCAGUGCAAAGAUGGAAAGUGUGAAUGCAGCCCUGGAUGGGAAGGGGACCAUUGCACCAUUG